AUGACAAAAGGGAUCGCUGGCAUUGGAAAGACAGUCACUGUCCAAAACUUCUCCCUUAACUGGGCAGAGGGAAAAUCCAAUCAGCACAUUGAUUUCAUCUUCGUGUUUCCUUUUAGAGAGCUGAACAUGCUCAAAGAGGGCAAGUACAGUCUGCUGCAACUUCUUCUUCACUUCUACCCCGAACUGAACCUGCUAGAAGAUACACAGCAACUUGUUAACAAGCAAGUGCUGUUCAUCUUUGACGGUUUGGAUGAAAGUAGUUUUCCUCUGGACUUUGAAGGGGGCAGGAAAGUGAGUGAAAUAGCCCAGCGAUCAACAGUGAACGUGUUGCUGACAAACCUGCUGCCUAACGCUCUCGUCUGGAUAACUUCCAGACCUGCAGCAGCCAAUCAGAUCCCUCCUAAAUGUGUUGACAGGGUAACAGAAGUGCAAGGGUCCGAUGACCAACAGAAGGAAGAAUACUUCAUGAAGAGAUUCAGCAGUGCUAGUCAGGCCAAAUAAGUCCUAUCCUGUCUCAGAGGGAUGAUAAGCUUCUAUUUCAUCCCAAUCUUUUGUUGGAUCAUAGCUGAGGUAUUUAAGGAAGGAUGGAGUGUCCAGACAAAUCGAAGGAUCAAUGAUGAGUUGUACAUUCACUAUUUACUCAUUCAAACAAGAAGAACAACACAUAAAUAUGGGAAGAAAAGCACAAAUAAUGCAGCCAUGCUUUUAAAUCUGUCCAAGUUGGCGUUUGAACAGCUGCAGAAAGGAAACAUCAUGUUCUAUGAAGAGGAUCACAGAGAAUGUGGCAUUGAUGUCGACAAAGCUUCAUUGUUUUGUGGAUUUUUUGAAAUCCUGAAACAAGAACAUGGCCUGUACCAGAAAAAAAAUUUCAGCUUUGUGCAUUUAGGCUUCCAGGAGUUUCUUGCUGCUCUUUACAUGUUCCAUUGCUAUCUGAGCUUGCAUGAGGUGCAGAGGAAAGUUGUGGACAAAGCUUUGCAGAGUGAGAAAGGCCAACUGGACCUGUUUCUCGGCUUCUUCCUUGGAUUCUCACUGGAGUCCAAUCAGAUGAUGCUAAAAGGUCUACUGCCGAAGACAAAGACCAGCUCAGACACUGCUGAAGAGAUGAAGAGGUAUCUUAGAAAUUUUCAUGUAGGAAAUAUCUUAUCAGAGCGGUGCAUGAAUCUUUUCCUCUGCAAAUUUGAGCUGAAUGAAGAGAGAUUUCAGGAUGACGUCAGAAUGUAUCUAGAUUCAGGAGUAAGACUCUCACCCAUUGACUGCUCGGUACUGUCCACCCUGCUGCAGAUAUCUGGGAAACUGGUGGAUGAACUUGAUCUGACAAAAUCCUUUACACCGUUAGUGGGAGUUGAGAAACUUCUCCUGCUAAUGAAGAACUGCAAGAAAGUUGUUCGACCGACUCAUGCUUGCGAGAACUGUGCCUGGUGUAUUUCUCUAAUGCCAACGUUCCUCUUUCCGACUCUCUUUGUUGCACUGGGAAGUCCUGACUGUAAACUGGAGACACUGAGCAUGCCUGGUUGUCACCUGAAAAGUAAAUGCUGUCAGGUGUUUGCCUCACUUCUCUGCUCACACUCCCAGCUGAGACAGCUCGACCUCAGUCGGAACGACCUGAGGGAUUUAGGAGUGCAAUUGCUCUCUGUGGGACUAGGAAGUUCAAAAUGUAGGCUGGAGAUACUGAGGCUGUCACGUUGUGGGAUCACAGAGGACGGCUGUGCCUCCCUGGCCUCGGCUCUGAGGUCUAACCCGUCCCAUCUGAGAGAGCUGGACCUCAGCUACAAUCAUCCAGGGGAGGCAGCAGUGAGGCUGCUUGAGAGACUGCACGACCCAGAAUGUAGAAUGGAAAAACUCAAGUUGGUAUACUAUGCCUGUGAUCUCACGCUUGACCCCGACACAGUGAAUGAACACCUCCUCCUGUCCGAGUGCAACAGGACGGUGAGCCACACUGAAGAGAAGCAGCCGUAUCCCGAUCACCCAGAGAGAGAGAGACUGGGGUUGUUCCUGGACUGUUCACUGAGCCUCUGCACCCGGCGUUCACUGUUUGCUUGGGAUCUCUCGCCCUGUCCGGCGCAGUGA